CGCCAGAUGACCUGGCCUCCACAGUCACCGGACCUGAACCCAAUCGAGAUGUUUUAGGGGCUGUGCUCAGUUUUCUGACAGCACCUCCCGACAGAUGAAAUCCAACCUUUAUGGCUCUGAAAUAUUAAUGUCGAUGCUCAAUGUCUUUUCACUCUCCCUUCCCCCCACCCAUAAUGAGUAAACGUCUCCCCUGGUUAGUGUUCGACUUCCUCGCUUCUUCGCGACUCCAACAGCUCUUUUGACAUAGGGUUGGAAUUCAGGACUGAAGAUGUGCCCAAAUAUGAUAUGAAUGAUAUUUACUUGGCAGAUGUUGAAUUUGGCUCGAUUUUUCCACUGAAAAACAGAGAGGGAUGUCAAACAAGAGGAGAAAAGCGGAGAUACGGAUUCUGUUGGAUAAUAUGAAGAGGAAAUUAAACAACACACAAACCAGUCUCGAGAUCGAGAUUGUUUUCAGGGUGAGCUCUAUCCCACGACAGCACUGAUGUCUCUUUUCGUUGUUGUAAAUGCCCAUUAAAUGUAGUUUUAUGGCUAUAAGACUUAAUUAGGCUGCUAUAAACUGAUUCCGAAUGUGUAUUGAAGGUACAAACAGUUCAGGUGCAUCUGAGUCUUGUUAUUCCUACUGUAAGACAGAAGACUGAUGAGGACGGCGGUAAAUGAGGGGAAAAGCGGCAAUCAGAUCCAGGUGUCCCUGAUAAGGCUCACAUGCCACUGGGGGGGGGGGUGAAGCAGUUAGCCGGAGGAGACCUGUACGGGUCGACGCAUGGGGCUCCCAGCCCAGAUGGGAGGGAACAGGGUGGGAGGGGCAGUGAGAGAGAGGGAGACACUGAGAGUGGGUGAGGCAAUUGGGAGAAACAGAGUGAGACAGAUAGGAGAGGGGCGAGGAAAAAUGCCCCUCGUUGCCUCUCAUUCUGACGCACACAUGCAAGCAAAACUUGCACACGCACACACGGAUCUUCAAAGCCGACUGCUUUUCAUAGUCUCCCUAUUAGCUAAAGAGAUUACAUCUGGGGCCCUGAACCAAAUAAAUAAGGUGAGAGGAGUGUCAGAGCUCAGUCUGCUCCACCUCAGGAUCCUCUCAGCACUUCAGUGGUGAGCAGAAAGGAAACCCACUUUUAAUCAGAGGGACACUGAGAGAGCUGGACACAGCAGGGAUUACAGGUUUUUUUUCCUACUGUGGAUUCCCCUCGUUUCAUCGAGAACAGAUUCGCUGGCCUGUUGCAUUCGGGUCGUUUCGCCAUUCUUCUCUAGAACAUUUUCUUUGCCUCUUGCUGUCCUCGUUCCCCCCAGUCCAACAGAACAGGGGGUUCUUCAGUGGAUUGUACGUGGGAGAGCAGGAGGAGGUGAAGCGGUUCCCUGAGGAGGUGUUUUGAGUUAUGGAUGUUGACACAUUCCUUCUGGACACGAAGAGAUCUGGAUCCAGCCUGAGCAGCGCAAGCAGACACUACCGCCACGGACGCGUCACUGGGCUUCACCUCCUGGUAUCACCCUUUCUCCCGGCCAGCUCUUCAGCAUGUACCUUUCUGUGAGGCUCUUCCCAGUCUUCCGAGCUCCAGGACAAUGUGCAAAUGGAAAGUGACUAAGGGUGCCUCAGCCUGGUUUCGUCUGUCCUGCCUUUCCCUGCCGCUGCUGCUCCUGCUCCUGUGUUUAGCUCUGCCUGUGGCCUGCCAUGACACCCACAGGGUCGUACGUGCCCCGAGGGGCACCAACUCCUCGUUGUCUGCCGUGGUCGGGCGGCAUGUGCGCAGCUACAACCACCUCACAGGGGACGUGCGCAAGAGGAAACUCUUCUCCUACCAGAAGUUCUUUCUCAGGAUCGAUAAGAAUGGAGAAGUCAACGGCACCAAAAGCAAGGACGAUCCGUACAGUACACUCGAAAUCAAGUCUGUGGAUGUGGGCAUCGUUGCCAUCAAGGGGAUUCAAAGCAAUUACUACCUUGCAAUUAACAAGAAAGGGGUGGUCUACGGGGCGAAAGAUUUUGGUGUUGACUGCAAGCUGAUAGAGAGGAUAGAGGAGAACAGGUACAACACCUAUGCCUCGGCAGAGUGGAGGAACCGGAAGAAGCCCAUGUUCGUGGGCCUGAUGGCCAACGGGAAGCCGAUGAGAGCCAAGAAGACCCGGAGAAAAAACACAGCCACACACUUUCUUCCCAUUCCUAUUGUGUAGCUACAACCCCACCAAAAGGGAACAUUUAACUGCACUGAGGAAAGACUUUGAAUUUUUGGACAGUUUGGAGAAGGCACUAUGUAAAGGAACUAAGAGAACUUCUUUUCACUGAGUCCGAUUGUUGUCACAUAUUUGUUUUUAAGUUAUUGGCACCAGGGAAAAUAUGGGAUUUUUUUUUUUUAUGCCAAACCCUUUUUAGCAAAGGAAAGGUUGGACCAAAAUCUACAGAGAGGAAUCGGACAUUGCAGUCUCCCAGAAUGAUCUGAAGAGACCUUUCACAGAGUGUAUUGCUUGUGUGGAUUUGUGUGUGUGACCUUUGGAUGCAGUUAUUUAUGCUGUACUAACUCAUAAGAAACACUCUAACAGACUCUCAAACUCUGUGACUCAGUGGACUGAAAGUUAUGCUUACCGGAAGCACUUGCUCAAGGUGCAAGGCUGAGAGGCAGAGACGGAGACCCCGCAUCUUUCAUCCGAAUUUAGUCAAGCUAGCACCAUAGCGUAAAGAACUCUAACAUUAUUAACAUGCAAAAGCCACUGUAUUUGAUAUCUUCAUUCUUUACCUGACUGCUUUGGAAUAAAUUAUUUAUUUUAUGUAAUAUUUAAAGAAAAACAGACCAAAAAAAAAAAAAAAAAAACUUUGAAUGGACAUUUUUUUUUAUCAUGUAUGCUCUUCUUUUAAAAAGCUAUUCUAUCGGUUACACAUGAAUAAAUAAAUAUAUUUCUCCUUA